AUACAUACACACCAAAACGUUCAACUAUUUGGACAAUACCUUUUCCGUUCUGAAAUGAAACAAACUGAUGUAGUUUACUUACAUACUUUGCAUCUUUGCUGUGUGGCUACUCAGAAAAAGCUCUGCAUUCAGCGCUUCGACAACCCAGUCAAAACAGCAGCUUGGUCACUUCUUAAGUAAAACUUAAAUAUGCUCUGGCACCAAACCCAAUAAAACGUGUGCAAAUUAAAACUGAUUAUCGGUACAUCUCACGGAAAACCGAGGUCGUGUUUUGUUCUGCUAUUUACACCCCACACCACACGAUGGCAAUACAUUGACAGAUGGCAUCUCGCUUGCAACUCUGCGUAGUAAUUCCAAAGAACGAGAAAGUAGGUUGGCUAAACUUCCGCUGCCGAGUGUCGUGUUGUAAAACUUGUCUGGAAAUCAGCUGACCAUGGAUGGCGAGGAGAAGACCUACGGUGGCUGCGAAGGCCCAGAUGCCAUGUAUGUGAAGCUGAUCUCUUCAGACGGCCAUGAGUUCAUAGUGAAACGAGAACAUGCCUUAACUUCAGGCACCAUUAAGGCUAUGCUGAGUGGACCAGGUCAAUUUGCUGAAAACGAGACGAAUGAGGUGAACUUCAGAGAGAUCCCGUCUCACGUCCUCUCCAAAGUAUGCAUGUACUUCACCUACAAAGUGCGAUACACCAACAGCUCUACAGAGAUCCCAGAGUUCCCCAUCGCCCCCGAGAUUGCACUGGAACUGUUGAUGGCUGCCAACUUCUUGGAUUGUUAGAAUAUUAUUGGAAAGAGAGUUCAUGUCCUAGCCUCUGCGUGGUAGUUUUUUUUUUCUUUUUGUCAUAUUUAACUUGUGAAUGCAAUUUGGGAUGGAAACAAAAUGAAUCGCUUUUAAUGUAUCCUCAGUAAACCUGUUUAUUUUUUUCCCUGUGCACUUAAGUAUUACUAUACAUUCAAUUAAUAGUGUUUAUUUACCUUUU